AUGUCGAGCAGUGCUACAGCUCCCAAGACCGCGUCGCCGCGCGCUCCUGGCACGGCUGCCUCGUCGAGGGCAACGGGGGCUACGGCCACCUCUGCCUCUCGCCGUCCAACUGCCGCCAGUUCGACAGCUUCAGCCUCCAGGACGACCACCGCCGGUCUUAGCAAGCCGCCCACCCGCCCACCGUCGUCGACAACGGCCACCGCUGGUGCUGGUGCUGGCGCCACCCGUCGCCCAACGUCGUCUUCCACCACCGCCACUCACCGCAGCCGGGCCAGUGUCAGCGCGAGCGAGGAUGAGAAGAAGCCUGUGACCUCGACGACUGCUGCCAGGCGCACGAGUACCCUGAUGAGCAGCCCAGGCAAGUCUGCGACCGAGAGAAAGCCAGCUGUCCCUACCGCUGGCACUGCUAGGAAGCCCGUUACUGCGGCCGGAUCGACUGCCAGCCGAUCCUCUCUCUCCGGAACCACUGCGCGCGCGGCUACUACUCGUCCUACUCCCACGACCGGAACCACUGCCACAACAAAACGACUGUCCACUGUCGGGGGUGUUUCUUCUGCCGCUGGACCUCGCCUGGCUGCCCGCCCUGCCUCGCGAGCGGGCAACCCCAGCGACGCCUCUCGAGAGCUCGAACAGCUCAAGACUGAGCUUGCAUCGAAGAACGAGGAGAUUGUGUCCCUCCACGACCAAAUUAAGGCUUCUGAUGUCACCAUUGCCGAGCUCCGCGAUCACGCCGAGAAGCCUGCCGACUCCAUUGAGACCCCCACGCCCGCUCAAAACGACGAUGCUAUUGCUGCGCUCAAGGCGGAGCACGAUACCAGCAUCUCUGCCCUCGAGACUCAACUUGGCGAGGCGCUAGACGCUCGCCAUGCUCUCGAGGCUAGCUUGGAGGAAAAGACAAAGGCUCUCGAGCAAGCAACGGCCAGCCUCGAGCAGAAUCAGUCUGGCGCUUCUGCCCACGAGAGCACUCUAGCUGACCUCAAAUCGGGCCACGAAGCUUCUGUUGCUGAGCUGGAAAAGAAGAUUGAAGAGCUGACCGCUACCAAUGCUUCCCUGGUGGCUGCGAGCAGCGACAAGUCCAAGUCUGACGAACAGCUGGCUGUUCUUCAGGCUGAGCUCGACAGCACCAAGAAGGAACUGAGCGACGCCAAGAACAAAGCUGAGCAAACAUCGGCCAGCGCAACCACAGAGCUGCAGAAAGAGCUUGAGGCAAAGACCAAGGAGCUUGCCUCGACAAAAGACAGCCUGGACCAGCUGCAGCAGAAGAACAGCGACAUUCAGACAUCGCUUGCUGACAAGGACGGCGACAUUGCCAAGCUCAAGACUAUGCAUGAUGAGCGCAUGAAGCAGCUUUCUCAGGACUACGAAAACGAAAUUGAGAGCCUGCGUGGAGACGCCUUCUUCAAGCGCAAGUACCAGGAGCUCGAGGGGCAGCAUGAGGCUCUCCAGGCCUCUUCCACCGAGCUCGAGCAGCAGCAUGCUGCUCUCAAAGCCUCGUCUGCCGAAGCUGCCGAGACAUACGCCAAAGAACUUGCCGCCGCCAAAACGCUGCACGCCGAUGCUGCCGCCUCUAUCGAGAACAAGAGCACCGAGCACCAGAAGGCGCUUGAUGAACUUCAUGAGAGCCACGCCAAAGAGCUCGCUGCUGCCAAGGCCGAUGUCUCAUCCUCUAGCGAUUCUCACAUUCAAAGCCUGGAGACUCUCAAGACCGAACACCAGGCUGCUCUGUCCGAGUUGCGCGACAGCCAUGCCAAGGAGCUCGAGGCCGCCAAGAAUGACGCUUCACUGGCCAGCGAAUCCCACAUUGGAAGUCUUGAGACUCUCAAGGCUGAGCACGAGAAGAUCUUGACCGAGCUACGCGACAGCCAUGCCAGUGAGCUCGAAGCGACCAAGGUCAAAGCUGCUUCUGCUGGCGAAACUCACCAGGAAGCUCUCGAGGCUCUCAAGACUGGACAUCAGCAGGCCAUUGAUGAGCUUCGCAAGACCCAUAGCAAUGAGCUCGACGCCGCCAAGACCGUUUCCGGUGAACUCGAAGGAGAACGGGACGCUCUCAAGACCGAGCACCAGAAGACUAUUGACGCGCUUCGUGAGGCUCACGCCGAUGCACUCAGAACGGCCAAACUGGACGCCGAGGCCUCUGGACACGCGACCCACCUGCAAAAUGUUGAGGAACUCCAGGCCGAGCAUGCGAGGGAGUUUGAUAGCUUGCGUGAUACUCAUGCCAAGGAGCUUGAAGCAGCCCGGGCCGACGUUGCCUCUGCAAGCGAGUCUCAAGUCGACGUCGAGGCACUCAAGGCCGAGCACGAAAAGACGCUGAGCGACCUGCGUGACGGCCAUGCUACGGAGCUGGCUGCUGCCAAGGCCGAAGCCGCCACCAGUAGCGAGACCCAUCUUAAGAGCCUCGAGGCCUUGAAGGCCGAUCAUUUCAGAGAGCUCGCUGAACUCGAUUCACGACACACCGAGGCAGCUGGUGAGGCUGACGCAAAGCUUCAGACUCUCCUCCAGGCUGUCAAGGCCGAGCAUCAGCAGAAGUUCGACCAAGCAUCUAGCGAGUAUGAGAAGCAGCUUGAAACCCUCAAGGCCCAGCACCUGGAGCAACUAGACCUCGCCAAGAGUGAUGCUAAUGCUGCGCACACUGCCAAGACUGAGCAGCUCAUCGCUGCCCAUGCUGAGGAGUUGGAGAUGCUUAAGAAGGAGAAGGCAGAGGUCAGUGAGAGGCUGUUGGCUUUUGAGUCUGAUGCUGCCAGUUACAAGGAUCAGGCUGGCAAGAAGCACGCUGAGGAGUUGGCUGCAAUCAAGGCCGAGCUCGAGGCCUCACAGGCCGCUCUUGAAGAGGCUGAGGCCGGGGGAUCCCAUGCCCUCGAAUCUGCUCGCAUUGAACUCGAAGAAAGCCACGCCAACGAGGUUGAGAAGCUCAUUGCCAUGCACCAGGAUGCCAUGGAUGCUAUGAAGACACACGGCGUCAACGCCCGCAAGGAUCUAGAGGAGUUGUCAGCCCUGCACUCGAAGACGAUAGAGGACGUCAUGGCCGAGCACCGCCAGACCACUGCUAGCCUGGAAGACAAGGUUGCCGCUCAUAACGCAUCCAACACUGAGCUACAGGAGGCUCUGGAAUCCGCCAAAGAAGCACUGGCCAAGGCCCAGGAAGAGGUUGAGGAGUUUAGCCAACAGCUUGCCCAUGAAAAGAUGGAGCGUAUGACUGCUCUUGCUGAAUUGGACGCUGUCAAGAGUGCCAAGCCCGACACUUCUGUCGCGGACUCGUUGAAGAAGGAAAUGCAGACCUCGAAGCAGGCAUUUGAGGAAACACUUGCUUCUGCCACUGACGAUAUCAAGGCCAAGCAGGCUGCGCUCGACGAAGCCCUUGAAAAGCUCAAAAAGUCUGAGGAGAGCAGCAAGCAGAUUCGGCAAGAGCUUGUUGCUCUGCGAGAAGAGGCCGCCACCAAGGAGCAGACUGCCAAGUCUGACUACCGAGAUCUGAAUGACAGUAUGACUGUUCUUGUCGAGGAGGCAUCGAACAAGGCCAAGAAGCUAGAGUCGGAACUCGCGGAGGCUAUUGCCAAACUUCAGUCCUCGGAGAAAAGGAUGGACGAGCUGCAAGCGCAAGUCAAUGUGAAGGAUGCUGAGCUGGCAGAGGCAAAGGCAAAGGGAACACUAGGCAAGCCCAAGGGCCUGGCUGCGAGCAGAUUUGCCGCCGCCGGCGAUGAAGAAAAGGAAAACGUGGCGGCGGAAGACGGUUCCUCUCAAGGUGAGGCCGACGAAGAUCACUCCUCGAUAGCACUGGCAUCGUUGUCUAAGGCCCGCUUGACGGCCAAGCAGAUUGACUCUCUUGACCGCGAAAUGAGGGAUCGCAACCUACAGCUGCUGCAAUCCAUCACCAAUUCCCAGUCUCAGUCUUCGUAA